CGUCAAGUUGCUGCAAAAGCUGCUGCUCCUGUCACCGAGCCAUUGGAAACCUCAGCUCAAUCGCCCAUUGGCAACAUCGGCGCUGAGGACCAUAACAGCACCAGCACAUCAUCUCCAGCCGCCUCGCCCGCACCAGCACCUUCACCCUCUCCCUUCAUCUGGACACGCCACUGGGUACCCAUCAUCCCCGUGUCUUACCUCGACCCCAGCCGGCCCACGCCGGCAACAAUUCUAGGCCAGCCGCUGGUGAUAUGGCACCAUGCGACACAGGGCUGGGUGGUGCAGCGCGAUGUGUGUCCGCACCGCCUGGCCCCGUUGUCUGAGGGGCGACUGGAGGGCGGCGGCACGCGGCUGGCGUGCGCCUACCACGGCUGGGAGUUCAAUGAGGCGGGCGCCUGCACACGGGUGCCGCAGCUGGCCUCCGAUGCCC